ACCAACACUAAAUUCUGAAUUUAAAGGCUCUUGGCCAUUUUCUUUUGUCUUUUGAAUAAUAAUAAUACGAAAAGUCUCAUAAAUGAGUUCAUCUUUACCUCGAAGAGUUAAGGAUAUAUUACCAACGCAUGCAGAUUCAGACUCAGACGAUGAUUUCAAUACUCCCUACAAGCUUAAAAAGAGAAAACCACUUGAUGCUAAAUUCGAGGGCCCAGCCGCGGCAGCUGCUCCUGUAGCGUCUACAAGUACUCAAAUAAAUGUAAACAAUAAUGAAAAUGAUGGACAGAUACUGGAAUCCACGGAUUAUCUACCACGACGCACUGCUGAACUCACGAUGUACUCGAGCAGCGAUGACGACGACGAGGUCUUUAAGAGCAGUCACAAUUUGAAUUGUGCCAUAUUGAAUGAUUCUUUUGUCUUAAGCCCGACACACGAUCUUACGGGCAGCACCAGCGGCAACAGUAUCCCUGCCAAAGCAGUCGAUGUGAAGCAAACUGAAUCCAAUUUGUCGUUUCUUGGUCGAUUUGGGCAGAUGGGUAUCGAUUGUAGUGCCAGUCAAAAAACUCCUGGUUUGGAUUCCAAGCAGGCCAUAAUAUCUGUGAAUAAACUUCCUCCAUCAACUCUUCACACAAUUUCCGAACGUCACAAAGCCAUUGAUCAGGAAACUCCAUUACGUUGUGCUCCUUCAGCCGCAGCAGCAGCAACCAAAGCUGUAAUACUCAAGUGCGAGACCAAACCCGAGACAGAUUUCGUAACUCCACAGGUGCGGUCUGUAAGCUGUUCAGUGAGAGGACCACAGACGACAAACAAUAACAACAACAACACAAACCAAAAAACCAACGAGUUUCGUGCGCAAAAGGUUCUGUUCCAGACACCUAUGACUGUUAGUCGUGCAGCACCAUUUCCCAGUGAUAGCAUGACAUUCUCCUUGUGUGACACAAUCAACGAGAGUCCAGACAUACCCGCGCAACCGCUGGUCAAACAGGUUUCGUUGCCUGUUAGAUCAAAGAAAUCCCUAGAGAAUGCUUUUAAUGAGGAUCCUCUACCAGUGAAAAGUGAAAUACCAACUGGAGGUCAAGAGCCGGCCAUUACGACGACUAAUAAAUCCUCUUCGAAUGUAUUAAAAAUUAAAGAUCAUAACUAUAUUAUAGUCAAUAAACUGGGUUGCGGUGGCUCCAGUUCUGUCUACUCGGCACGGCGUCAGGACACUGGUAAUGAGUAUGCCCUAAAGGUGGUCGAUCUUCGCGGUGAUCCCAUUGUAGUUAAAGGCUAUCUAAAUGAAACCAAAUUAUUGGAAAAAUUGCAGGGAAAUAUAUGCGUUGUUGCUCUGUAUGAUUACCAACUACUGCCACAGGAAUCCACCUUGUAUAUGGUCAUGGAGAAGGGUGAUUGUGAUCUAAACAAAAUCCUACAAAGCUACACAACAAAAAUGCCUCUCUAUAAUCUAAUGAACAUUCUGUAUCAAAUGCUGCAAGCAGUUAAUUAUAUUCAUCAGAAUGAUGUUAUUCAUUCGGAUCUAAAGCCAGCCAAUUUCCUAAUGGUCAAUGGACGUUUGAAACUAAUUGAUUUUGGCAUUGCCAGUAAUAUAUCUGUCGACUCAACGAGCAUCAUUAAAUUCUCUCAAGCUGGCACAUUCAACUACAUCAGUCCAGAGGCCCUGACAGACAUUUCCACUGGCAAUAGUCCAAUGCGUGGCGGUAAUCAGCCCAAAAUAAAGAUCUCUAAAAAAUCAGAUGUAUGGUCAUUGGGCUGUAUUUUGUAUUUGCUAUUAUAUCAAAAGACGCCAUUUGGUCAUAUACGAAAUAUAUAUGCCAAAAUAAAUGCUAUAACUAGUCCAUCGAAUAUCGAAUAUCCGGAAAUACCACCCUACUAUCCCAUCAUGCUGGUUCAGAUGGCCAAAGUAUGCUUGCAACUGGAUCCCAAGAAACGACCCACAUGCGCUGAUUUGUUAAAGUAUCCUUUUCAUAUGGUUAUACCGCUGCAGAAUUUGGUGCUCAAUAAAUAAUAGUUAGUUAGUCUUACCUAUAAUUAGGUUAAAGUAUCUUCAUGUUAAGUCCAAUUAUUUAUUAUUGAAGUCUCACUCUAUAAGCUUGGAAUUGUAAAGAAAAAUGAAAAAUCGAAUUACAUUCAUAAUUUUUCCCAUAUGUUGAGUGUA